GAAAGAAAAGAUAAAAUAUCUAGAAAGUUGAACAAAUUAAUCGCAUCUACCACCGAACACAAUUCACAUCUCAUUUUCUUCCCCAGAAGACGAAGAUUGCAGAAGGAGAAGAAGACGAAGUUUAAAACGACGUCGUCUCAUCCCAUACCAUUGUACUAGAAGAUGACUACACCAGUUUGCCCAUUCGUCAAAGCCUCUCGCCCAGACGAGAGUUCUACAAAGAAAUGUCCCUUUGGUUUUGAUUCUUCUACUGCCACUGCUACUAAUAACAUCAAAAACAAUAAACCAUCACAACCACAGCAGCAAUCACCGUCACCAGUGGUGGAGGCGAAAUGCCCUUUUGGAUAUGAUUCUCAGAAACUGAAGAUUGGCCCACUUAGCUGCAUCAUAUGCCAAGCGCUUAUCUUUCAAUGUAGCAGAUGUGUACCUUGUUCUCAUGCUUUUUGCAAAGGCUGUAUUUCAAAGUUUAAGGACUGUCCAUUAUGUGGAGCUGAUAUAGAGAAGAUCGAAGAUGAUGAGAAGAUCCAGAGCUUGGUGGAUCGAUUCAUUGAAGGUCAUGCUAGAAUUAAGAGAACACAGGAAAUUGACAGUAAUACUGAGAAUAAUAAAGAGGAAGCUGUGGCUGAGUCUCCUAAAAAUAAGACAGUGAUUUAUGAGGAUGUGUCUUUGGAGAGAGGUGCUUUCUUGUUUCAACAUGCCAUGAGGGCAUUUCGGGCCCAAAAUAUAGAAAGUGCCAAGUCCAGGCUCUGUCUUUGUGCCGAAGACAUUAGAGAUCAGUUAGAAAAAAUGGGUAACACCUCGGAGUUAUGUUCUCAGCUUGGAGCGGUUCUCGGUAUGCUUGGUGACUGCUGUCGAGCAACAGGUGACACUGCUUCUGCCGUCUCUUAUUUUGAAGAGAGUGUUGAAUUUCUAUCUAAACUACCAAGAAAUGAUCUAGAGAUAACACACACACUUUCUGUUUCGCUCAACAAAAUUGGAGAUCUUAAAUAUUACGCAGGAGAUCUGCAAGCUACAAGAUCUUACUAUUCCCGGUCUUUAAAUGUUCGGCGUGAUGCUGUCAAGGAUAAGCCAAAUGUUCCUUCUCUGAUUCUGGACAUUGCUGUGUCACUUGCAAAAGUAGCAGAUGUGGAUAGGAGUUUAGGGAACGAGGAUGUUGCUGUUAAUGGAUUUCAAGAAGCCAUAAAUUUGGUGGAGCCUUUAAAAUUGAAAUCAGAAGAAAGCGGUCUUCAGCAACGGCUCGAUUCAGUGCUAGAGUUCCUUAAAAGUCAAAUUGUGGUGAAAGAAGCUGAGGCAACACUCUAACUGAGCUGUGUCAAUAAAGACAGAAUAAAUACAGCAUAGACAACCUGAGGAAAAUGGAGUUCUUUGAAAGUGCAAGUUUGAAUAAAGCGCUGAUAUUACUAUGUCAUACAUAUCAUAUGGUUGAGAAACUGUUUCUGCAAUUAGUAAUUGUAUCUCUAGUAUCUGUAUAUAAAAAGCUUAUCUGCUACUGAACAUGAACAGAACAAGUGCACAAGCAUCAAUCUCUGCUCCUGGGUUGGAUUUGUGUUACUCAUCUCUUUCCCAUCUGUCUGUUGCUUAUAACUUGUUACUCAAGAAAGAGGAAAAAUAUUGUCUCAUUAUUGGAAUAUAUAGUGAAUAAUAUUAAUUGGUCUGUGA